AUGAAAUCACCCUAGAUAUAAUAACUUUAAAGCAUUAGUAGAAAAGACAUCAGCAAAUUCUUUUAGGAAAACAAAUUUGCUAGAUAUUUGAUUUACGGCGUGAUAGCGGUUAAAGCUUACACUAUUUAUGAUAAAAUGAAGCAGAUUGUAGCUAUUAGCAAUGUAUAUGAUUAGAUAUUAGAAGACGAAAGAAGAAAUUUCAGAAAUCAGUUUAAGAAUUAGGAUAUGGUCUAGGAUCUCAUCACUAGGAGGAUACUUAUGGAAAACCAGUUUAAUGAUGAUGAGAACGAUUUGCAACAAGGAGUAAAGUACAACCCUGACUAUCGUAAAUCGAAUUUUUGA